AUGAUGGAGCAGAGAGAAUUUGACGAGGCUGUUAUGCCAAGUGCUAUAGAUGAUGACGAAGAUGUGUUCAAAGACUUGUUAAAUGUACCGGCCGAUUGGUCGGCAAACGAUUGUUUGGCUACCGGUAUUUUCAAUUCAUUUGAUCCCAACGAAGUGGUAUAUCGGGCCCAAAAGAAACCAUGUAAAACGGUUGGUAAAUAUGUAAUGGGCGAUUUAUUAGGCGAAGGUAGUUAUGGUAAAGUUAAAGAAGUACUCGACUCCGAAACGCUUGUUCGCUGCGCAGCUAAAAUAUUAAAAAAGAAAAAACUCAAACGAAUACCUAAUGGAGAAAAAAAUGUGCUCAAUGAAAUUCAACUUCUAAAAACAUUGAGACAUUUAAAUGUCAUAGAGUUAGUAGAUGUGAUAGUGAAUGAAGAAAAAGAAAAGAUGUAUCUUCUUUUGGAAUAUUGUGUCGGUGGUCUUCAAGAUAUGCUAGAACACUCUCCAGGAAGUAAAUUUCCAUGCUGGCAAGCCCAUAAUUACUUCAGUCAGUUAAUAAAUGGACUAGACUAUUUACACAGCCGUGGAAUAAUUCAUAAAGAUAUCAAACCAGGGAAUUUAUUGCUCACACUUGAUGAAACACUUAAGAUAUCAGACUUUGGAACUGCUGAAGCACUGUCGCCCUUUGAUCCAGAAGGUAUCUGUGCAUCUAGUCAAGGCUCACCAGCAUUUCAACCGCCUGAAAUAGCAAAUGGGGCUGAUGAGUACUCUGGCUUUAAAAUAGAUAUUUGGAGCAGUGGGGUUACAUUGUAUAACUUAGUUACCGGAGAGUAUCCAUUUGAAGGUGAUAAUGUGUAUAGAUUAUUUGAAGCGAUUGGGAAAUGUAAUAUACAAAUUCCAGGCUUUGUGACCGAACCUUUGAGAUCUUUGCUAGUUGGAAUGCUUAAAAAAGACCCAAAGAAGCGAUUUACCUUAAGAACGAUACAAACACAUCCGUGGUUUGUUUGUAGACAUCCAAGAACAUCUGAAAAGGUACCUUUUCCUCCUUUGCGUGGUGAUUUUAUGCAUAACAUGACUGUAUUGCCAUACCUAUUUAACUAUCAUUCAUGUGAAACGCCUUCAGAUAACGAAGAAGAAUAUAUAACAGAACAAUUAAUUAAAGAUCGACCAAAUGGGAGUGCAUCAGUUCCCAUUGAUGAUGUUAAUGAUCCAUCUAAACGACCGUGGCACAAGCCAAUCAUGUGUAAUGUUAAAAAAAUGGCCUCAUGUCGAUUGUCAUGACAUUUGUCACUCAAUAUAGUACUGCAUCUUUCAUAUUGUUUUAUAUUAUAACCAUUAUUGGUUGAGAAGAUUUAAUUAUUUUUCGAGGUACACGUGAAUUGGUUGUUUUCUCUUUUAUAGAAUCAAGUCAAGUAUUUGUGUAACAUAUAUAAUUUCACAGUAACAAUGAAAUUAUCCAUGUUAAACUACUUAUUAAUAUAAACUAUUGACCUAAUUAUUUUUUGAAUUGUAUUGAUUAUUUAAAG